AUGACUCCGUCGCCAUUUCCACCUGAGCUUGUCCUCCUGGUGGUAGAGCACCUGCCUGACAUGGCUUCGUUGCAAAAUUGCGCUCUGGCCGCGUCCAUCUUCCUCCAUCCCUGCCAAAAACAAAUCUACGAAACGCUGUUCAUCGCGGGGGUGCAAGACCAGCAUGAGACCGAGAUUCAAGCCAGACCAGUACAUGCAUAUGAAGAUGCUUUACGCCACUUGGAGGGUUCUCCUCACCUUGCGCGCUACGUGCAGACCCUGCACAUCGCCGUCAGUGGUGACCGCUGGAAUGGAGACGAGAAAACGGUGGCGACGCUUUUCAGACGGCUCACAUGCGUCAGACGGUGCUCUGUGCUGGGCAAAUUGUCCUUCACCACAUGGGCUGCCGUGCCCAGGUCGGUACAGGGUGUGUUGUUGGAGUGGAUUCUGGAGCAGUCCAUGCUGGAGGAACUCUACGUAUCCCGCAUCGUAGGGCUUCCAAGGCCUGUCUUUCAUGUUUUUCUCAACUCUGCUCCGUCUAUCCUUCUCGUUCAAGUUGAGGUGACGGUUGACUCAGGGGACUCGGUGGAAGAGGCGGAAUGGAUGCACAAGAUCAUGAUAUCGAGCCGGGAUACCUUCUUCAAGACCAUUUUGGAGCUAUCUCUUGACCAUAGUCCAGAGAUAGAACCCAUUCUGGAGGAGCCUGAGUUCGCUGGCUACAUCGGCAGUUUGCAGGUGAUCCACGCGAAUGCGACACACACAAACGCGCUUUGUUUUGCGUCUGCGCGCACUCUGAAAGAGAUUCACCUCAGCUGCACUACCGCGAUGGACACCGACUUCGUUCCAUUUCCUCCGGCUUUCCCCCAAUUGCGUAUCUUCCAGCUAACCGUCGGCCUUCACCACUUGUGCGAGGACCCCACCGUGCCCGACGCGCAAUUGUGCUUUCUGCCACAACUACUCUCGGUCCUUAUCGAGAACACCCCCUGCCCAAACCUUCUGGAGAUCACCAUUAACAUCGUUCUUCUGCACGUACCAACCCUGCCGCUGCCACCACUCUCCAAAGAUGUUAUGGGCCGACUAGAUACCCUAUUCCAGAAAUUGAGCCCUUUGGAGGCUGUGCACUGGUUUCCCGUGGCUCCGAACUCGUUGGGCAUCACUCCGUCUUGGAUUACCACUGCAUUCGGGGAGGCAGUUGUGCGAGGACUGCCCAAGAUGGCCAAGGCAGGAAAGGUGGUGAUAGACGAGUGCAACCUAACGUUUUGA